CUGUCUGCAGGCAUCAUGGGGAAGAACUUGUGGCGUGAGCUAAAGCAUCGCUACAACGUUACCGAGCUCGUGGUCCCUGAGCCUCAAGAGGAGGAUGUUUCCCCCCUGAAAGUCAAUCGAAAAAGAAAGAGGGGAGAGAAGGAGGUCGGGGGGACCUCUGGCCCUCUAGACGCCGAGGAGGUGACCUCCAAGGCUGCUGAUGCUGGUGCGGUGGACCUUACUGCGAGUCCAGCGCCCAAGGAGACUCCUCAAGUGGCCGCUGAGGAGAUGGCUCGGGUCGCUGAGUCUGUUGCUCAGGCUGCCGAGGUGGUGACCCCGGCUGCUGAGCAAGUUGCUCCCUCCACCAAGGCGGGGGUAGCUACCGAGGGGGAGGUUCAGGUUGCUGAGCAGGUCGCCCAGGCCGCCAUGGUGGGGGAUGCUGUUGAGACCCCGGCGGCCCCGGGCUCGGUGAUGCCCGAGGCAGGUGUCCCUGUUGCUGAGCAGGGGAUGUCGGCUGCCGCCUCUGCUACUGCCGAGGUUCAGGGUAAGGGGCCAGGUUCCGAGGUCCCUAUGGCGACGCCUGCAGCCUUUGUGCCGUCGUCAGGUCCAUCACAGGGGGCCUCCCAGGGCCGAUAUAUUGCUCACCACUUCGGGAAGGACCGCUCUGAUGUGUGCCUGGACCAUGUGAGUGCCUCCGCCGACAUGAAUUCACUGUGGAGUGCGGGGGUGAUUGCCGAGAGGUUUUUCCCCAAGGGCUCACUAAGCUCGGAGGAUCAAGAGAUGAUCGAGGAGGCCGGGCCCGUGGAGAGCUUUGAUGUUGCUCAGGUCCUUCUACAGAGGGCUACGACCAUUAUGGACCACUGGAAGCAUAGGUGGUCUAAGCAGCAAGAGGAUCUGGUUAGACUGAGGGGCCGAGUUCGACCCCUGAGGGACGAAAAUAAGGUCCUGAGGGAGGAGAACAAGGUCCUUAGCGCUGCUCUCGGUGAAGCAAAAUUGCAGGGUGCCGAGCUGGGAGCCGCGAGGGGGGAUCUUGCGAGGGUGCAGAAGUCGCUGGAGAUUGCUUUGUGCUUGAACGAGAACUACGCCUCCCAGGUGGGUGAGCUGCAAGGGCUUGCCGCCUCGUCCCGAAGUCGGGUGCGCCCCCUUGAAGAUAAGGAGAUGUCUUCCCGUGGUCGGGUUCGCUCCUUGGAGGAUGAAGUAACCUCCCUAAAGAGUGAGCUGGUGACGGCGGCUGAGAAACGCCUCCUUCUUCUAGCGCCAAUGUUCCUAUCGUAAGUCCGCUGUCAUCGUUAGGAUCACCAUAUCUGAGG